AUGACACUUGCUAUAAUGGGAUAUGACAGAUAUGCAGCAAUAUGUACCCCCUUACACUAUCAUGUCAUAAUGUCUCCAAAAAAACCAAUCCAGAUUCCAUAUGGGACGACUGUAUUCAUGUCUCUUAGUUUUUUGAUCAUGUCACCGCUGUUAAAUCCUGUGAUAUAUGGUUCUACUGCAUUUAAAGUACAUAUUCGUCAGUUCUUUCAGAGGAGGAAGUUGUCACCAGUAUCAUGA